AUGACUGACUGGCAUAAUGAGACGGUGCCGAGCCACCAGGAACAGGAGCCAAGCACUGACGAGUCCCAAAGAUCAGACUGUGUUCUUGGCUACAUCCCCGUUGUCUACUACAGCAUUUUGCUGUGUGUGGGAUUUCCAGUGAACAUCUUAACACUGGUGGCUCUGUCUCGUUUGACCGCACGCACCCAGAAGGCCCUCUAUGUCUACCUGAUGGCACUGACCAGCUCAGACCUGCUCAGCCAACUCUUCAUCAUUUUUGUAGGGUUCCUGCUGGAGACAGCUGUGUUCCACCGUGAGGUACCCACCAUUCUGCUGCGAUCAGUCAGUGCGCUAGAGUUUGCCGCCAACCAUGCUUCUAUCUGGGCCACUGUGCCACUCACUGUGGAUCGCUACGUUGCACUGUGCCAUCCACUGCUCCAUCGGCAAAUCAGCUACCCGGCACGGGCUCGGCGCAUCGUCGGUGCAGUCCAGGCAUUGGCGCUGGCAUCUGGUAUGCCCUUUUUCUGGUGGUCAGACAUGUGGAGGGUGAGCCAGCCACCUGGUGCAGUUGAUUUUGCCCUAAUCUGGGCCCAUGUGACUAUCAUCUACUUCCUGCCAUGCAGCAUCUUCCUGGUGCUCAACUCACUCAUUGUUCUGCGUCUCAGAAGGCGCCAACACCGGUGUCAGGAUGAAAGCAGGCAGCAGCAGCUUUCACCAGCAGGUAGGCUGGGCAAAACCACAGCAAUGCUUCUGGCAAUCACGUCUGUGUUUGCAGUGCUGUGGGCACCCCGCACAGCCGUGGUGCUCUACCACCUUUAUGUGGCAUCGGUGCAUAAAGACUGGCGCGUUCACUUGGCAUAUGAUCUAGCCAACAUGCUAGCCAUGCUUAACACAGCCGUGAACUUUUUCCUCUACUGCUUCGUAAGUAAACGCUUCAGGGGGGUUGUGAAGGAUGUGUUGCUUAUACGAGGGGCAGUGCUUCAACCUCAAAGACCCUGCCAUCAAAGACAGGCUUCUGCUAAUGCCUCGAACUCAUCUCUGUCCAGUGGUGCCAUGCGCUCUCACAGACAUGCCAAUAUUGCUUGGGACUGUCCUUAAUUCACACUCAUAUCACUCUAUAUGCAACGCAAUAAACUAAAUCAAUUACUGGGUAUUAAUGGUUAUAAGAUGCCAACAAUGAGUAAAUAUUCUCUGAUGCACAAUUGACAUUUAUUUAAGUUUUAUACAGGGAAUUCUCAAAGUAAUAAAAAAAAUACAACCUCUCGACACUAAAUGAGGGUUUUUAAUAAUACCAUCUGAUAAAAGGUUAAAUUUUUUGAUAACUGAUGAAAUAAUAAACAUAAUGGUGGUCAACUUCAUAUCAGACUAGGACUUUGUAUUGGAUUUGUCUUGGAAUUGUGAUACGACUCACUGUGCU